UGAACAUCAUCUUCUGCCAAUAUCUUGUAAUUCUGCACCCGCAACCACUGCCGUCGACCGGUUUCCUGUUCUUCGGGCGCAUUUCACGACGCGCGGUCAGCUGCGACAAACAAAUUGGCCAGGUACCGCGAGCGUCGCGGGUCAAUGCUCGAGCGAGGUGGACUUCAUGCCUGCGCCUUCAUCUUCACUGGAUUCUGCUGAAUACGAUCCCAUCGGUCACCUAAACGCCAUCUUCGCUCAUCCUUCGACGCUCUCGUCCGUGGCGGCGACCGCUGAAACGCUUCGCAGCUACCAAGAUGACCUGGACGAGGACAUCGCCGCCUUCGUCGCUACCCAGUCGGCGUCCGAUGCCGACAGUGUCCAGCGCAUCCAGGCCGCCAAGGCCGACCUGGCCGACCUGUUCAGGAAAAUCGAGAGCGUGCGCGAGCGGGCCAUCCACACCGAGCACACCAUCACGGAGAUGACGGCUGAUAUCAAGCGGCUAGACAACACGAAACGCAACCUGACGCUGUCCAUGACCGCAUUGAAGAGGCUGCAAAUGUUGACCACAGCAUACGAGCAGCUGCGCAGCCUGAGUAAGUCGCGCCAGUAUAGGGAGUGUGCCCAGCUGCUGCAGGCCGUCAUCCAGCUAGUGGCCCACUUCAAGAGCUAUAGGUCCAUCGACCAGAUCGCGGCCCUUAGCCGUAAUGUGGCUGAUCUGCAGCACGAGCUGCUCGAGCAGGUCUGUGAGGACUUCGAGGUCACGUUCGCCAAGGGCGAGGUUGCACAGCGGAGAGCCAUGCUGACCGAAGCGUGCUUGGUGAUGGAUACCCUGGGCGAUCAUGCUAGAUCGCGGCUUAUCAAUUGGUAUUGCAACACGCAAUUGCGGGAAUAUAGACAGGUGUUUCGUGGAAAUGAUGAAGCCGGCUCAUUGGACAAUAUUUCGAGGCGCUACUCGUGGUUCAAUCGUAUGAUGAAAACCUACGAUGUUGAGCAUGCCGCCAUUUUCCCACCCUAUUGGAAGGUGAAUGAGAUGCUCGCCAACUCGUUUUGUGAAGGCACGCGGGAUGACUUCAAGGCAAUCCUGCAACGAUCCAUGCGAAGAGGUGAUGGCCAGACCCUGGAUGUCGAUCUCCUCCUCUCAUGCCUGCAGGAAACAUUAAACUUCGAGCACAACCUUGAACGCAAGUUCUCCCCGGAGUCCCGAUCCUCCAUCGACACCAUGGCGUCUAAGGAUGACCGGCCACACGGCUUUAGCCAGGCCAUCUCCGAGGCGUUCGAACCCUAUAUGAGUCUUUGGGUGGAGUCUCAAGAUAAGCAACUUGCCACUUUGAUCCCCAAAUAUCGCCAGCAGCCUGUCCGCAACGAAGAGGAGGAGUUCUCUGCACAGGCUGUCAUCCCAUCGUCCACUGAGCUAUUCCACUUCUACAGGCUCACCCUUGCGCAAUGCGCUAAACUCUCAACCGGUACCAGAUUACUGGAGCUUUCAAACACGUUCGCUAAAUACCUUGAUCAGUACGGCCAGCAGGUGCUGUACCAUUUCCUGAGUGAAAGACCUGGACCACAGGGACCUUCCAUCGAAGAUGCCGCUCUCAUCCUCAAUACAGCUGAUUACUGCUAUAUCACCUGCAACCAAUUAGAAGAAAAGAUCAAGGGUCGAAUAGAUGAGGACCUCCGCACAAAGGUUGAUCUCCAAAGCCAGGCAGAUGCCUUCAUGGGCAUUGCAUCUGCCACGGUCCGCACUCUCGUCCGGAAAGUCGAGAUAGACUGUGAGCCUAGUUGGCGUGAAAUGCGCAAUACACCCUGGAGCAGGCUGGAAAGUGUGGGUGACCAAAGCACAUAUGUAGCAGAACUGUUGCACCACGUGAAAAACCGGUCAACAGAGGUUCUGAAGUGUUUGCAUAAGCAGCAGUAUGCAAGGGCUUUUUGCGAUAACUUAGUGGACUUGAUGGCGACUACGUAUAUUGCAAACAUCGUACAGAGCAAGCCCAUCUCUGAAGUCGGUGCUGAGCAGAUGUUACUGGACUCUUACGUUCUCAAGAAAGGCUUUAUGGAGAUUCCCACGCUGAAUGACGAGCCUGGGGCAGCACCACCAGCUAGCUUCGUAAAACGCGUAAACCAGUCAAUGUCCAAAAUUGACCCUCUCCUCAAAACCCUGCAAGUCCGUCCCUCACCCCCCGAAGCCCUCGUGCAAGCCUACCUCAUCCACAUCGCCGACAAGUCUGACACCAACUUCCGCAAAAUCCUCGAUCUCAAGGGCAUCCGCAAAUCCGAACAACCCGUGCUCCUUGACCUCUUCGCCGCAUUUCGCGCAUCCCCAUCCAAUGAAAGUCUCGUGCAGAACAGCCCGCUGCUUACCCCGCUGCAAGUCCAGACGGGCCAUGGCAUGGGAAGCGGGAUUGGCAGUCUAGGGAAUGCGGCUAGUGUGAUGGGGACGCCUAGCUUGGGCAGUGGGAGAUUCGAUCCCGCGGCUUUUGGAAAUGCGAUUGUGAAUGCAGCGAGGGAUGGGGUGGAUCGAUUUGGGAGUCCAGCGCCUGGGCAACAGGGUGGUGUGGGGGAGUCUGGAGAAGGGAAGGGGAAUUUGAACGAGAAUUUGAAGAAUAUUGGGAAGUUUUUUAGGAGGGAUGUCGGGUUCAGGGGGUUUGGGAGGAGUGAGGAAGGGAAGUAGGAUGGUGGUAUUAAUAUGAUGUCAAUGUGCUCGAAACUCAGUUGCGAGGUCUUCGUGCGCUUGCAUGCUUUAUUGGGUGGAUGGGGGAAGAGUCACCUGGUGAAGCGACGUCGAAUGGUUGCGUCAGCUCAGGUGGCACUGUAACGCUCUUCGAUAUACUUAGACCCACUGCUUCGUGUUGACGAUAUAGAAGGUUAUGCCGAUGCUAGUACAGUUG